ACAGUUAUUUCUAACUAGGUGAUUAUCGUAGCUGAUUGGUGGGCAUCAUAUGGUUCUUAUACUCCAAACUUGCAAACUUUUGCCAUAAAAGUCCUUAGCCUAACAUGUAGUUCAUCGGGUUGUGAACGAAAUUGGAGUGUAUUCGAACAUCUUCAUAGCAAGAAAAGAAAUAGAUUGGAACAACAACGUCUCAAUGAUUUAGUGUAUGUCAAAUACAAUAGAACAUUGAGAUUUAGGUAUGACAUGCGCAACACUCUUGAUCCCAUAUCUUUGCAAAAUAUUGAUGAAAGCAAUGAGUGGUUGCUUGGGAGGAUGGAUGGAGAAUCAGAUGAAGAUAAUGAGCUUGUGUUUGAUGAUGAUGAUGGCUUGACGUGGGCCACUGUUGCUAGAGCUUCUGGAGUAGAAGUAAGUAGCCAUGCAAGUAGAGCAACAAGUUCACGCUCAAAGGCACAACCGAGGAUAUCUAAAUCAUCAACAUUUACUCCACUUCAAUUAAUAGAUGAAGAGGAAGCGGGCUCAGAUGACACAGAGGAGGAAGAUGUUGAGGGAUAUAAAUCAACUGAUGGAGAAGAAGAUGUUGCCAUUGAUGUUGAGGAUGAUGAUUGACUGACACCGACCUAACCUACCCUUUCUUUUGAUAUUAAUAUUUUUAAGUAUUAAGACAUA